AGAAAAAUUCUUCGAGGUGGAGUUAGAUGUCGUAUCCGAUGUUGGUUUUCAAAACACUGGAUUGUCGACCAGUCUAUCGACGACGGAACUUAAAAUUGGGACCGGAACCAAAACUGACUGUAUCAAACUAUCAGACUUCAUCUUGUGCUAAUAAAAAUUGCGAACGCAAUCCCAGCUUUCAAGAUAUUACAAUUGCAAUGAGUGACGAAAUAAAAGCCCUCCAAGACGAGGUUCGGAGAAGGGCGGAAAAAGAGAAACAUUUGACCGAUACCCAAGCUCGAAUAAAAAAACGGGAGCAAGAACUCGCAGAAGAGUCUUUACUAAAACAACAGGAGCGGGGGAGAGAGUUGGAAGCUAAAUUCAAGGCCGAGAAAGAGGAAGAAGCAUCCAAACUAGCCGAGAUGCAACGACGGAGGAAAGAGCGCCAGGAAGAAAUAGAUCGUGAAUGGGAAGUGAAGGAGCGAGAGGAGGAUCGACGGGAAACCGAAUUCAACCAAAAAGUCAAGGAGGAGGAAGCCCGAAUAAUCAGUGAGAAACUAAAAGCACAGGAGGACAAAGAAAAAAAACAGAAAGAAUCCAAAGAGAGAAUAGAACAGCUAGAGGAAGAACUCAGGAAGAAGUCAGAAGCGGAGAAACGAGAAGCCGAAGAAACUGCCACAGCGGAAAGACUUGCACAGGAACAGAUCGCUCGUGAGGAAAGAGAACGAAAGGAAGCGGAACAAAAAGAAAGGGAGGAAAAGGCUAGGCUAGAAGAAGAGAAAAAACGGCGAGAAAUCGAGGAGCACAAUGAAAUCAUAAAAGCGAAAGAAGCUGCUCAAUUAAAGGUCGUUGCAGAACAGCAACGUGUCAGUAUGGAAAAAAAUCUGAAUGCCAAAAAAAAUACCGAGCAACGGGCACAGGAACUAGCCGAAGAGUCAGAAAAAAAGCAAAGACAGAUCGAAGAGAAGCUAUUGCAAGAGGCGGAGAGGAUUCAAAACGAAAAGACUGAAAGAGAGAGAAAAGAAGCCGAAAUAAGAGAACUCAAAGAAGCGGAGCGUCUGAAGCAAUGGGAAGAAGAAAAUCGCAAGGAAGAAGAGGAAAUGGAGGCAAGACGGCUCGAAAACAUGGCGAUGGCGAAUAAGGUACUGAAGGAGCGAGAAGCGGAGCUAGCAGAAAAGGCUAAAGAAAUGGAAGAUGCCAAAAACCGUGCACGAGAACGAGCUGCGCAGCUUAAAAAAGAAUCAGAGGCUAAAGCUAAAGGACUAAAAGAGCAGGCAGAAGUUGAGAAACAAGAGCGCAAGAAGAAAGAAGCUGCCCAAAAAGCCGAGGCAGAAAGAUUAGAAACCGAAAAACUAGCCAACAAAGAGAGAAUCGCCAGAGAGCUAAAAGAAAAACGUCAACAGGAAGAAGAAAAUGCCGCAAGGCAGGUCGAAGAAGCGGAGAGAAAAGCAAUGGAACAUAAACUGAAUAAGCAAGAGCAACAAAGGCUGAAGAUGGAAGCAAUGCGACAAAAAGCUGAACAAAAAAAGAAAGAAAUGGAAGAAAGGCUUGCGAAAAAGACUGCUGAAAUCGAAGCAAAGAUGAAAGAGGAAGCGCGUUUACGAGAAGAAAAAAAACUAGCUGAAGCAGCAGAGAAGGAGCGCAUACUCGAAGAAAAAAAUGCACAAAAAGAAAAAAUUCUCAAGGAACAAGAAGAAAAAAAGAGAACAGCAAAGGAAGAGCUGGAACGACAGAGAGGAGAAUAUUUGAAAGAGGUGGCACUUGCAAGAGAAGAGAAAUUACGAAAACAAGAGGAGGCCAAACUCGAGAGAGAAGCUCGAAUACAAGAAUUGAAAGCGAAGGCGGACGCAAAAACAAAAGCACGAGAGAGAGCAUUGAUAGAGGAAAGGGAAGAAAAAGAAAGACAAGAAAGGGAGAAGGCAGAGGAAGAUCUGAAACGAGAACAAGAACGAGCUGCGAAGAGAAGAGAGAGAGAGGAAGAAAUUGCGGAGAGAAAACGUUUGGAAAAAGAAGCCGAGGAAGAAAAGGAGCGCCAGGACAUUGCUAAUGCGUUCGACCUGUUACAAGAGGAGGAGCAAGAAGAACAAAGGAAACGGCAAGGUAUGUAUCGGAAAUUCGGGAAGGUUGACCUCAUGAUUCACAAUAUCGAUUGAUUCUGACAGUGUGUUCCUCUUGUAUGUAGCUGCAAAACGUGCAACAGCAAAGAAAGCUAAGCAAAUUGAGAAAGAAGCGAGAAAGAGACAGGAGAUCCGCGAGGAACAACUUGCUGCAGAGGCCGCCAGGUCUCGGAAAAGUGAGGCCGAACUGGAUAAACAAGUGGCGGAAAGGGCGCGAAGGUUCGCAGAAGAGGAACUCAAGCUCCAGGAGAUACUCAAAGGCAAAGAACUCCGAGAGAAAGAAGCGAUGGAGGCAGAGGAAGCCCGCAAAUUGGCUUCGAAGAGGGCUAAGUUGAACAAGACACAAAUCGAGGAACUGAAACGAGCGGAGGCUUUAGCAAUGGCGAAAUUAAGGGCCGAGGAAAAAGCGUUUUUACUAGGAGAGCAAGCUAAGCAAAAAGAACAAAAAAUCUUGAUGCAAGCGACCAAGGACCGCCUCAAACGAGAGAAAAAGGAAAAGGAGCUCGAAGAAAAAACGAAAAAAUUGCAAGAAGAGGCGUUGAACAUGCAAUCCCAGCUCGAGAAAAUGGCAGAAAAAACAAAGAAAGAACAGGAGCAAUACAUAACUCCCACCUACAAGCUAACGAAAGACAGCGAAGAAGAAGAAGACGACGAUGACAGCAGUGUCGACGAGGUAUUUGGGGCGACGCAACCAAAAAGAGUCUCACUGCUUUCCGCAUCUUCAAAGUCCUUGGGGAUUGAUAAGGACUUUGACACAAGCAUUAAGAUCGACUUCGACGACCACAUGACAUUUGAAGACUUUCUUGACGCGGAAGAAAAACGAUUAGAGAUCGAAGAGAUGCUGGCCAAGGAGAACGCAGAAAACGCAAACAAAAAAUUCGACGUGAG